AUGCUAUCAACAUUUCACAAUCAGAAACUCGAUAUUAUCGGGAAGGGAGCAUACGGGGCGGUCUACAAGGGCAAACACAUAGCUACUGGGCAUGUCGUGGCGCUCAAAAUUAUCAAUCUGGAUACUGCCGAUGACGACGUCGAUGAUAUACAAAAGGAAGUCUCGCUCUUGAAGCGAUUGAUGAUCCAAGGAGGAAUCGAUGCGAGCAAAGAGCAGGGCUCGGGAGCCGCGACGCCGGGAAGCGGUAGCGGUGCCGAUUGGAAUCAUUACGGUGUGCCAAAUGUCAUCAAAUAUUAUGGAUGCUGGACCGAAGGACCCAAGGUGUGGAUCGUUAUGGAGCUGGCAGAGGGAGGAAGCGUUCGGACCCUGGCACGAGCGUCACCUCUCACGGAGAUGCAAAUCUGUCUGAUUUCCAGAGAAGUUUUGAACGCAUUAGCCUUUCUGCAUAAAAACGGGGUGAUUCACCGGGAUAUCAAAGCCGCCAAUAUCCUUGUAACCUCGGCUCCCAAUCGAGUUCUGCUAUGCGAUUUCGGAGUAUCGGCCUUGUUGCCUUCGCAGUCUGCGAAGCGCACGACAUUUGUCGGGACGCCAUACUGGAUGGCACCAGAAGUCAUCAGCAAAGGCAGAUCCUAUGACUUCAAGGCCGAUAUAUGGUCAUUCGGAAUCACUAUGCUCGAAAUGGCUCUGGGAGAGCCUCCAAUGAUGGGCCAGACGGCGGCUAUGGCGUUGAGCUUGAUCCCCAAGUCGAGCGCGCCCCGACUACAAGGAGAGUGGAGUCAGGAGAUGAAGGAGUUUGUAGCUUCCGCUUUGCAAGAGAACCCGGACGAGCGCUUGCCAGCAGAAAAGCUACUCGAUCUGCAUUGGGUCAAGCAGACUUCCAGGUCGUCGCUAUCAGAAUUGAAUGAUUUGUUAGUCAAUCUAGAAGAAUGGAAGCACAAGGGGAAUCAAAGAAUCAGUCUUGCACCAGGUGUCGGUGCUCCCUUAGGAGACGACAUGUAA